GUUUCUUGCAUCAACAUGAAUCCAUUAACGCUAGUCAAGCGCAUUCAGAAUAUCAAUUCGAAAGAAGCAGCACUGGGCAUCAGUGAACAAGCUUCAUGGCACUCCAAGUACAAAGAAUCCGCUUAUGUAUUCGUUGGUGGCAUCCCCUUUGAUCUCACCGAGGGUGAUCUCCUCGCUGUUUUUGCUCAAUAUGGGGAGGUUGUUGAUGUUAAUCUCGUUAGGGACAAAGGUACCGGCAAAUCAAAGGGUUUUGCAUUCCUUGCAUAUGAAGAUCAAAGGAGCACAAAUCUUGCUGUAGAUAAUCUGAAUGGAGCACAGGUUUUAGGUAGAAUUAUUAGGGUGGAUCAUGUGGAUAAGUAUAAGAAGAAGGAAGAGGAAGAUGAAGAGACAGAGCGGCAGAAAAGGGAGGCCCGUGGCAUUUGUCGAGCUUUCCAAAAGGGUGAAUGUACUCGUGGAGCUGGCUGCAAAUUUUCUCAUGAUGAGCAAAGAGCUGCAAAUACUGGUUGGGGUCGUGAGGAAGAUAAUCCAAAAUGGGGUCAUGACAAAUUUGAGGGUCCCAAGAAAGAGAGAAGAUCUGGCAACAACCAAUCAAAUCGUAUUGCAGAAACUCAAGACAGAGACUCACGCCCCAGAACCCAUGACAAUGAGAUGGGAUUAGACAAUCAACCCAAGAAUAGAAGAGAGAAGUUGUUGCAGAGGCAUGAUGACGAUGAUAAAUUUGAGCGAAGAGAAAAUACCAGUAGGAGAGAAGAAAAGAGAUCAAGAAGGCAUGAAGAUGAUGAAUUUGAACGUAGGUCCAGAGAAGAUCGAUAUGGGAGAGAAGAAAAAAGAUCAAAAAGUAAUGGUUAUGAUGAUAAGGAACCUGAGCCAUUAGAUCAUCAUAGAAGGGAAGAGAAGAGGUCAAUAAAGCUAGAAGAUGCCGAGUUUGAACCGAAGGCAAGAUAUUCUAAUAUAAGGGAAGAUAAAAGACCCAGGAAGCAGAAUGAGGAUGAUUUUGGAAGUAGGUCAAGAGAAACUCAUAGUAACUGGGAAGACAGGAAAUCAAGAAAGUACAAUGAAGAUGAAUCUACACCAAGGUCAAGAGACGAUUAUGAUAGGAAGCAAGAUAACAGAUCAUAUAGAAAUGACAUGGAUCGACCAGAGUCAAAAGCAAGAUAUGAUUUUGACCGGAGAGAAGAGAAGAGAUCAAGAAGGUAAGGGCAAUAUGUGAGAUAUGGGGUUUGAGGAUCUCAUUCCUCCUUUGUCGUGGAGAGAAAUGAGUAUUGAAGUAAGUUGAACAUCAUUUGAUAACCUCAAUUGUGAUUCAGCGCUUAUAAUAUUUCCAUUGUCAUUUUGUUUGUCAUAUGAUUGCUUACACUGCUACGAGGGCAAUGGUAAUUAUCGUUUUGGUGUGAUCAGUUUGAUAAAUGUUUGGUCUGGCUCAAUGAUCUCCAACUACCAAUGCUAAUGCUGCAUAAAUUCAAUAACUUUGGUCAAUACCUAUUACUAUUACUGAUGCCAUCUUUUUAGUUUUUGUACAUGCUAGCAAAGAGCAAAAGCUCUGGCAUGUCAAAGCUCCCAAUUUUAAUGGUUCUGGUAAAAAAUGUAGAGAUUAUUAUUUUAAGUGUUAUAUUAGUGUUUUACUCUUGAUUGCGGGUAUUUUAUCUUUUCAUUUGUAAAUGUUUAUAAAAAGAGAGGUAGAUAUAAAAUCUAGUCUUGUGAAGAUAUGAGAGCUUUUCUUGAUGAUUUACUAGCUUUUAUUAGAAAGGA